GGGGACGCACGUGUCGUCCCUUUCGUCAUCUUUACAUAAGCCGCUUUCCUUUUAAAAGACACAAAUCGACACAAGUUAGCACACUCGAACUCAGAGAGUCGUCAUAGUUAGUGGAACACUCAGACUCUCCUCGUGAGUAGAGUCGAAAAGUAUCGAUAGAGUUUGUAUCAAACGGAAAGCGACGUGUGUCGCUUUGUGUCAAAAGUGUCGACUGUAUCCUCUAAAAAGAAAGCAGCCAUAAUACAUCUGAAUAAAUUCGAGCCUUCGUCUCGUGUACUUUACGAAUAUAACAUAGUGAUUACACGGAGCAAUUUAGUCGAUUUGCGACUAUUCAUCGGCGCGUGUAGAUCAAUAAAAAAGGAACGACGACGUUGAGUGACAGUUCAUCUUGCACCGUGUUCCGAUUCUUGCACCGAGAAUGGUACCUGCAGCAAAGUUUCCAUCUGCGGAAACUUCGCGCGCUCGUCGCCGACGCAUUCAAAAUGGUACGAAAUGUGGGAGAUAUGCUUCGGAGCAGAUGCCCCGAGCCAGGACACUUUCAUGGCUCAGCGAAAAUUAUUCGUGGAAAGUCGGUAUGUCCCCGGAUGAUUACCAAAGAAUCGUCGUGCAAUGUAGAAGAGAUCUAUUGAGCAUUAUCAUGCACCGCAACCGUGACCUUCAAAGUCAUUUGAGUAAUGUUUUGAGGGUGGAAACGCAAAGAAUCCGUUUUGAGACGAUUAAUCCGGAAAAUCAGCAGCAAGAGUCACAAGUGUCGUCACAUUCGGAAGACUCGUCCUGCACAGAGAAGAAAGCCAUCUCGACAUCGCCCCUACGAAUUAUCGCCCCCCAACCUUAUCGUGAUGACGAUAAGUUCGCAAUAAGAGCUACCCUGGCGAAAAUUCAUGGCUGGAUGGAUCAAAGAAAUGUAAAUAAAGACACGGGAGUCUGUGCUGGUUGAAAAACAAGAAAAAUAGUUUAUCAAUAAAUGGCUUAUUAAUAAA